AGCACAGAAUUUUUAUGUUUUUUCAUUUUUUUUUUUUUUUUUUGGUUCCCGCCCUGCCAAUGCUUUAUUCCUUCCAUCCCUUCCCAAAGAGGAAGGCGCCACUACAAGAAAACCAGGAAAUAAGUUUCAGUUUCACUCCAACAUUGCUCAAAAACCCUAGAUCAUCUCUUUUUCUUUCUUAAAGAUCAAUGUCUCAGUGAUGAGACAACUAUUAUGUUUGUCUUUUUUGAUGUCGAUGACGAUGAAGAUGCCAUCCCAGGAUUCAAGAGUUCGAAAUUUGUGAAAAUUGGCUGCGUGGGAUCUAGGGUUUCUCAAUUUUACGACAUCUUUACAAAUUGAUUGUUCUGGUGAGAGCUCAGUAGCCCUAUCUUUAGUUUUUGAAGUAAAUUGGGUAUAAUGAUUGUUGAUGAUCCUUCCGAUGGACGGCGUGGAAACCGUCCUGUUCUGGCUGAAGUUACGAAUCGGCCCGGUAAGAGACAGGUUUUGUCAAUUUCCGGCAGCCCUGAUCUUGGCAGGGGAAAUGAAUUCCGGAAUAAUGUGGAAGGCAAGGUGCCAGAUUCUGGGUUUGUUAAAAAAGUUUGUAUGGGAGUUGAGAAUAUAGUCGGUGGGAAAUGCAAGCGAGAUUGCGUUGAAGAUGGUAAUUCUAAGGGUUUGCCUUUGGCAAAACCUAUGGGGCUCUGUAGUUCUCUGAAAUCUGGUACUGGACGUGACUCUUUAAAUGGUGACAAAUUGUCUAGCAUUUCUGGGGUUCAUGGUGAAAUUAAGGAUCUCCCAACCGUUGUGGAUGGUGCUAUGCAUUUUGUAAGAAAUGAUGGAUCGAGAGAUAGCUGUAUUUCUGGUGUCAAAGGCUCUGAACAAUGCGAAAAAAGUGGGAGCCCUCCAUCAGUUAUUGUUGGAGGAGGGAGCCAAGGUGACAAAGAAGACAAAGAACAUGUUAAAGCUGAUGUUGGGAGAGAUGCCACUGGGAGCAUUCUGGAAAAAAAUGUAGUAGAUGCUCAUGUCUGUGGGGAUGUUUCGGAGUUGAUGGAUUGUGGUAAUCUGACCUCAACCAAGUCUAAUCUUACUGGGUCAUCAAGUUCCAAGUUUUCUGAACCAGAGAUAUGUGCCAGUUCUGGUAAUGCAGAUGACUCUAAUGCCAAUCAUGGGGUAGACAUGCUUAAAGAUUGCUCUUGUUCUUUCUGUCUGAAAGCUGCAUAUAUUUGGUCAGACCUCCAUUUCCAAGAUGUCAAGGGCAGGAUUGCUGCAUUAAAGAAGAGUCGACAAGAAGUUAAAAUUUGUGUAGAUAGAAGUUUGAAUCGAUAUGAGACUGACAAAAAUAGUAUGGCCAACUUGAACAAGUCAAAAGAAUUAGAAUUGGAUCUUAUGGGCAAGUGGAAGUCACUUUUCCUUCAUACAGAGGAUAUCCUUAUUUGCGAAAACAGCCAGCUUCAAUCCAGUCUUCUUUCUUUAAAAGAACUGAGAGGGAACUGCAAGAUGGAUCUGGAGAUGAAUGAUGGGAUGCCUUUGAAAAAGUAAUUGGGUGCUUUUAGAUUUUUUGGAUGACAAUCUCUAAAACAUUGUUGACAUUUAUGUGCAGCAAUUAUAGCCGUAGACUUGAAUGCAUUUUUUUUCCUGAUAAGUUUCCAGCUGAUGGGGCUGAAAUAGAGAUUCAUCAUGUAUUUUGAUGUGUUAGAAUUUUCUAUGUUUCUCACCUGAUAUAAUGUUUUGUUUUGGGCUUUUGGGUUAGGCCCAGUUCGAACGGUGCUUUGUUUGCAGCUCUAAGAGAUUUGAGAUUUUGUCCCUGAGAUUUAGUACAUGAAGAUCUGUAGUUUUUCUUCA